AUGCAAAGCAAAAGAAUACAAGACGCCUUGCUGACCUUUGUCGAUCGCAGAGUUCGACGCGAAGACUUGGGGGACUCUGGCGCAGAUUUAUACGAUACAAUUGGCCACGAUGAGGCGAUGCAAGCCCGAGUGAGAGCCCAGAUCGCCGCGGCGCUGGGUCUGGACGACGACGACGAGCCUUCUGCACCCUCAGAGCGACUGCCAAAUAAUGCCGACUUACCUGAGCAAAUGAUGAACGUCGCUCAAGUCGAGGAUGACAAGCGCGCCGCAGAACAAGGCUACGAAUUCAAUCUUUUCAGCACAGCCGGCCCCGGCGGCACAAAUAAGCUUGCCAAGGUGAUUCUGGAGGACGAAAACGAACUUCUGGGUGACGGCGCAUUUCUUCGGCGACGGCCUUGCUCAUACUACGUGGCAAAGGCACCGUCGGCCAUGGAGAAGGAGCAGUACAGGUACGCGGCUGUCACGGCGGAUACGAUUGUGCAGUGGUCUACGCGACCGUCAUGGGGCGUGACGAUGCCGUGGAGGGUAAUCACAACGAGCGCGACUCGCAAGGCAAGGCCUGGCGACAAGCCUGACACGGAACAGGCUGCCAAGAGGAAGAGGCCAGGCAAGAAGCAGCGGAUUCUGCUGCGUCAGCGCACAAAGAAAGAGGCGCAGACAGCGGAUGAGGCUGCCAAGAAACAGACGGAAAAGGCGGAGAACCUCAAGGAAAAGAAGAAGAGGCUGAAUAGGAUUAAGAAGCUGAGGAAACGUGCCAAGGAGAAGGAAAAGAAGGUGGCGGCUGGGGGCGAGGCUGAUGGCGUUGACACUGCUAGCGACUCUGGUGGCAACGAUUGA